UUAUCCAACCUCGACAUUGGCAGAAUCAUCAACACCUUGAUGGAGCCAUAACACGAAAAAUUUAUUGGAUUGAGCUGCAGAGAGGCAACAUUUAUUAUUAUUUAUUAUCCAUAUAAGUACAAUACAAGAGUUUCAGACGAAAUGUCUUCAAUUGAUUUUGAUCCAUCUAUAAAACUGUGCUUAAAGCACUUACACUCCAGUGCCUCAGAUUCGACUGAGCAACUCCGGCUAACCCUCGAUGAUAUCAUUCGUCAGACGUAUGGCAGCGCAAAAACCUUAGCCAAUACAUUGCCUAAGAAGUAUUUGAAUGAGGAAAAAUUAGAAUCGCCUCGGAUGGCGAAGCAUAAGAGCGAGAAAGCGUCGAGUUCGAAGACGGUACCUAUACCGCAGCAGAGUCCGCAGCAGCUGCAGAUUCCGGAGCGGGAGAACGACGACGGGUCGGUGAUGGACGGGGAGCUGGCUUUCGACCUGCUGGAGGAGGACCUCACGUGCGCGGUGUGCCGGCAGAUCGCCGUGCAGGCGGGGAACAGGCUGGUGGAGUGUGAGGCUUGCCAUGCACUCUAUCAUCAGGAUUGCCAUAAACCCGUAAUCAGUGAUAAUGAUGUCAGCGCAAGUUGGCAGUGUGCAUCCUGCCUCGCGUCCCAAGGCUUUGUCACUAGCUACACCAAGAUAUCAUCAGCCUCUAAAUCACCCACCCAUGUUUCGGGAUCCACUACUCCAGUUAAGAUCUCUUCUGGAAGCUCGUCAUCUAAGGUUGUUACACCUAAUAUUAAUAUAAUCUCGGCUGACAAAAGACUGCAGAUUAUGAAGAAGAAAGCAGCAAAGCAACAUGAGAAGAAGAAACAUAAGUGAAACAGUUUGAUUUAGAUUUUAGCUGAAUGCAUGUAAGAUAUUGUUUCCUUAAUUAUUGUAGACAUACAAGUAAAUAUGAUUCUUAACUCAUUAUAAAAUGUCAAUUUAUGAUUGCAAAAACAAUUGUAUUUAACUUUACGGCAUCUGAAUAGGUUAACAAUUGCAAUAGUUGCCAUCAUCCACCAUCUCUAAUUGAGUUACAUAUAAUGUUUAUCACGCAAUUGAUAUAAUUAAACAGACAAUAAAUCAAUUAUGAAUUAUGAA